AUGGACGGGCAUGCUUUGGCUGUUAUGGAGGCGGCGGAGUCAUGGAACUGGCCUCUCACCUAUCGUAUUCGAGACCAGGGUAGCAAGUUCAAGACUAUCACGCCAAAACUCUUGUCUUGUUUCAUCGCCGAGUCACAAGCGUUGGGCGGAACUUUAGUUGAUCAAUUCUGGACUGUGGUUGGGAAAUGCCAUCCCAGGCUUGAGGAAAAUACACACAAAAUAUUCCUCCCCCUUCAUUCCUCGACGGUGUUAUUCGAAGGGGUCGAUCGAGAAACAAUCAACUUCUCUCCAAUAUUUCAGAUGGGCGCAGAACUUUUUGCUCAUCUUUGCGUUGCUUGUAGGAUACCGACGAACUCCUGCGGAUGGCUGCCUCAGAAGGGCUCGGGACUAGGAAGCAAGCUGUUCUGGAAGCUCUGGUAUGUCGUGAAAGCGAAUGACACAUCUACUAAAAUGUUCAACAUUCUGAUCCAGAUAUUCAAACGUGAUGGCCAAUCAUGUCCAUUAACUGGCGUGCCUUUCGACCCUGAGGAUGGCGUCAAGCCACAUUUGGCGCAUAUAAUUCCUAACUCGGUCCAUAACAAGCCUGAUACUAUCGAGUGUAUUGCUAUGUUCGCUGGGGCAGCUGUCCGUGACAUUGUUCUGGAACAGUUGAAUGGCCUAGGCAACCUUAUCCAUAUCGAAUCAAAUGCACAUGCUGCAUAUGGUGACAUUCGCUGGGGAAUCGAAGCCCGUAAUGAAAACGGGAAGGUUAAAUACAUCUAUAGGAGAGUUCCCUAUUUGACUGCGAAGGGCCCCGGAUUCAUUUGCCAUUGCGAUGGGGAUCAGAUUGCCUUCGGAGGAGGCCCUGAGGCAGCACGACUCGGAUCAGGCCCCAAUCCGUUACUUUGUAACCUCCAGCUUGCUGUGGCCCGGGUCUUGAGGAUGAGUGGCGCUGCGGACAUUAUUGCACAAAUCAUAGAUGAUGGAGAUGACUCAGAUUUCCCCCACGUUUACAUUGCGUCGCCAGCGUUUUGUAGCAUUCUUACUGCUCAACUCCAACUUGCAGGAGGUGUUUUUCUGUAG